CAUUAAUGUCAUUUUUUAUAUACCAGUAAACGACGUCGCGGUGACCACAGCCGCGAACACAUAAAAAGCCGAAUUUCGUGGAAAAUACAAAGACCCGCCACCACUGCUAACAACAGAGCUCCAAAUUCGCCUCUCUCUCUCUCUCUCUCUCUUCGCUUCCUCUUUCUCUUGCACAGAAACCAAAAACCGAACAAGACCAAAAAAAAAAAAAAACCCUAACCCCCCUCUCAUGGCUUCUUCACUCCUUCAACCUUCUUCUUCCUCUUCUCUCUUCGCCGGCACUCUCCGAACCUUAGAUUUUGUAGACCAUUCCCGCGCCCGAAUCUCCGCGCCUUACACCGUGAAAUGUGACAUGUCGGAAUCGUCGAAUUUCGUCAAUGGGAAACCGAUCAUUCCGGUUCUCAACGAAAGGACUCUGCCUAAGUUCAUGGAAUCCGCGAGGGAGGCGAAGGCCGUCAGCAGAAAUAGUAACAGGUUGAAAUUGUUCUCUGGCACGGCCAAUCCCACACUCUCCCAGGAAAUUGCUCGGUACAUGGGCCUGGAACUUGGAAAGAUUUCCAUCAAGCGAUUUGCUGAUGGUGAAAUCUAUGUCCAGUUACAAGAGAGUGUUAGAGGUUGCAAUGUUUACCUUAUACAGCCUACCUGUCCUCCUGCAAAUGAGAAUCUCAUGGAGCUUAAAAUAAUGAUUGAUGCUUGUCGGAGAGCAUCCGCCAAGAAUAUCACUGCUGUGAUUCCCUACUUUGGAUAUGCCAGAGCUGAUAGAAAGACUCAAGGACGUGAAUCAAUUGCUGCUAAACUUGUUGCGAACCUUAUUACAAAAGCUGGGGCAGACCGUGUUCUCGCUUGUGACCUUCAUUCAGGGCAGUCCAUGGGUUACUUUGAUAUUCCUGUUGAUCAUGUACACUGUCAGCCCGUGAUCCUUGAUUAUCUUGCCAGCAAGACAAUAAGUUCAAGUGACUUGGUGGUUGUUUCCCCUGAUGUUGGUGGUGUCGCAAGAGCUCGUGCUUUUGCAAAGAAAUUAUCUGAUGCACCCUUAGCUAUUGUAGACAAAAGGCGCCAUGGACACAAUGUUGCUGAGGUGAUGAACCUGAUUGGUGAUGUAAAAGGAAAAGUUGCUGUAAUGGUGGAUGAUAUGAUUGACACUGCUGGGACCAUUGCUAAGGGUGCAGCACUAUUACAUGAGGAGGGAGCUAGGGAAGUGUAUGCAUGCUGCACUCAUGCCGUUUUCAGUCCUCCCGCAAUUGAGAGGUUGUCCGGUGGCUUGUUUCAUGAGGUGAUUAUCACAAACACCAUUCCAGUUGCAGAGAAGAACUAUUUCCCCCAGUUAACUAUUCUUACUGUAGCAAACCUAUUGGGUGAAACGAUUUGGCGUGUUCAUGAUGACAGUUCUGUUAGUAGUAUUUUUCAGUAAACAAUCCCAAUGACCUUUUGCAGUUAAUUUAAUCAAUAAAUGUUUUUUUUUUUAAAUUUUAAA